AUGGAGAACAUAGAAUCGGAUGAAGCAAAGUCAUGCUUGAACAAUUCUACCCUUUUAACAAAUGAUAUAAGAACCAUUAUUAAAAAAGAAGAAAACGAAUGCGAUAUUGAUAGUACUAACUGUCUAAAUCCGGAAAUAACGCUUGGCAGCUCCAAUGUCAGUGGUGGUAGUUCGAUUGAUUCUCCAACACUUAUAAAGAAUGAUGAAUUUUCUCAAAUCACGAAACAAGAUACUAUGCUAUCUCCACACUUAAUUUCCAAUCAGAAGACUGUUGAGAGGAAAGAGUAUUCCGAGAGAGAGAUUACUUACAAUCUGUUAUUGCGCAGACUAGUUGAUGAAUACCUUGACAGAAAAGUCACUUAUUCACACCAACCAAAGUAUAUACUAGGUAUUCUGAAAUGUGUACUGGGGAGAAACUUCCCCGAAUUCAGCAAUUCGUUUCAUCGUGAAAGAAUAUGUGCUUACUUGAAAGCAUGUAGACGUAAAGUUAAAAGAAAGAAUGGUGAACCGUACGUGAGAGUGAGUGCACGUUAUCUGAGUUCCGGAAGGGCAUCCACUUUGGCUGAAACAAUUUACAUGAAAGAGUACAAUUAUUUAACCAGUAUGAUUUCGAAUCCAAAAAACAAUCAUUUUACUGAGCAAGCAACACCAACCUCUGCUUGUUGUGAGACCACUAAAAACGAGAUUCAAAACCCAAGCAAUCUGAUUCAUCACCAACCACAACAGUUCUAUGAAUCUCAUCUCCAACAGGUUGACUCACAAAAAACCUCCAACAUGAUGAGUUGUAACGAUAAUUAUAUGAAGAUUAACAACAAUUAUGAUAACUCUGAAGCUCUUAAUGAAGAGAUUUCUACUUCAUCGAAUCCUAUUUCUCAACAACAUGCAGAUGGAAAUGCAUUUGUGAAACUGUUAGAGCAAACAGCUGGAUUUCUUCUACUAAUGGCCGACUGUCUAGAUGCUGGUCAAGGAAUGUUUACCUCUAAUAAACUUUAUGAUGUCAAGCCAUAA